CAGCGCCGCUCGCCGCUCGGGACUCCAGGGGGCUCAGGGGCCUGUCUGCGGGAGGUGGGCACUGCCCAGGGUGACAGUGCGGGAGCAUGGCCAUGCACCUGGGCAGGCUGAGCGCGGGCCCCUGCUGGCUCGCGGCGCGGGGCGGCUGCGGGGAGCUGCGCUCUUGGUCCCUGCGCUGCGCGGCCGGACGCUUCUGCCGCCCCCCUGGCACCGCUUGCCCCGAGCAGAGCCGCGGGCUGGGGUACGGCCCUACUGUGGGAGGCGGCCCCCGGCUGAGGACCGGGCUGGCCGCGGGGCUGGCGGGGCUGGCGGGGCUGGCCGGGCUGGCCGCCGCCGCCUUCGGGCACGUGGAGCGGGCGGAGAUGGUGAGCAAGAGCUCGGGGGCGCCGAGCCCCUCGCCGGGGAGGCCGGAGGAGGAGGACGACGAGCUGGCCCGCCGCUGCAGCUGCUUCAUGGCCUCGCCUGUGACCGACCUGCACGAGCUGCGGAGGAGGCCGGGCGACAUGAAGACCAAGAUGGAGCUGCUAAUCCUGGAGACCCAGGCCCAGGUGUGCCAAGCGCUGGCACAGGUGGACGGGGGCGCCCGCUUCUCUGUGGACCGGUGGGAGAGGAAGGAAGGAGGUGGUGGCAUCAGCUGUGUACUUCAAGAUGGGCAUGUUUUUGAAAAGGCCGGGGUGAGCAUUUCUGUCGUUCAUGGAAAUCUUUCUGAGGAAGCAGCAAAACAGAUGAGAAGCAGAGGAAAAAAGCUGAAGACGAAAGAUGGUAAAUUGCCGUUUUCUGCUAUGGGCGUGAGCUCUGUUAUCCACCCCAAGAAUCCUCAUGCUCCUACUAUCCAUUUCAACUACAGAUACUUUGAAGUAGAAGAAGCCGACGGUAACAAGCAGUGGUGGUUUGGUGGUGGAUGUGACCUUACCCCAACAUACUUGAACCAAGAGGAUGCAGUGCAUUUUCACAGGACUCUAAAGGAGGCUUGUGACCAGCAUGGUCCAGAUCUCUACCCCAAAUUUAAAAAAUGGUGUGACGAUUACUUUUUUAUAGCCCAUCGUGGGGAGCGGAGGGGCAUCGGGGGUAUCUUUUUUGAUGACCUUGACUCUCCAUCCAAGGAGGAGGUCUUUCGCUUUGUGCAGAGCUGUACCCAGGCUGUCAUUCCUUCUUAUAUCCCCCUUGUGAAAAAGCACUGUGAUGACUCCUUCACCCCCCGGGAGAAGUUGUGGCAGCAGCUCCGGAGAGGACGGUAUGUAGAAUUUAACCUGCUGUAUGAUCGGGGUACAAAGUUUGGCCUCUUCACUCCAGGAUCCAGGAUCGAAAGCAUCUUGAUGUCUUUACCUCUCACCGCCCGAUGGGAGUACAUGCAUUCACCCUCAGAGAACUCCAAAGAAGCUGAAAUUCUGGACGUUUUGCGCCAUCCGAGGGACUGGGUGCAUUGAUGCAGGCACAGCAGUCUUCCUAGGGUCUGGGGGACACACAAUGGGCCCCCUGCUCCGCUGGCUGGCACCACCGCCACUGUGUGGCACUUAGUUACCUGUGUCUCAGAGCUCCAGUCUUCUCCGCCCUGGAGUCUGCCUCCUUUCCUGCUGAAAUGUGUUUUAAGCACCACAAGCUUCCGCUGGAUGCUGUCGGUGAUGGGUGGUGAGGUGGCAGCUUGUCAGAGUCAACUGGUUGAUGUAAAACUCAUUUAUACUUUUAGAAUCAUUUGAUAUGACUAGUUUACAAACAGUGACAAUUUCCAAGAAUUGGUUUAGGGGAUCUAAAUAUUAUAAUUUGUAUCAGGAAACUUCUCAUGUUAUUUUUGUUUCAUAUAUUUUUUAAAGGUUUAGUUUCAGCCACAAAAAUCUGUUGUGGGAUAAAUCUUAUCUUCAUUAAUUCAAUGAGAUUGAGACUAGUAAUUUUAGAAAGCAACUGGAAAUGAAAGUAAAAAUUUUACUUUGUCAUUACUGAAGUUUCUUUGAUCAUAAUCUUUAUAUAUCUUUCUCUAGAGAUCAUAAUAUUGUAAAAUAUUCACUUUUGUAAGGAUAGAUAUUUAGGAAUACUUGAAAUUUUCUUAAUCUCUGCAUGUGUUACAAUUCAGUGAUUACCUAUAGUUAACUCUAAAGUGACAUCACUGUUAUUUAAACAAGGGAUAUCUAAGUUGUAAUUUUGAUUUUUGUAGAACUAUAAUUUGUUGAUGCUGAGAUUCUUUGCACUUUUGAAUGUGAAAGCUUAUACCCUUGGAUUCUGAUACUUAAAAAUUUCUAUUCCAGACAUUUCUGUAUGGAGGUUUAGACUAAGAACAAUCCUGGGGAUGUUGUGAAUUUAGGAAAUGAGAAACAUUUUCCUUCUCUAAUGAAAGCAGGCAUGACUAGUGUAAGAAGCAUGUAGGCAUUUUAUAAAUAUAUUUCCUUGAAUAUGGACUAAUUGAAAUCAUUCUCUUUUUAAAUUAGAGAUUCUGCAACUCUUACCGUUGCUCUUAAGAGAAAAUCACAACAGAGUUCUCAAGACUUCUUUGUUCAUAUAAUAAUGUGAAUAUUUUAUUCAUAAUAUAUUGAAGUUUGUAAGGAAUGUUAUCUUCCUACAUAUUAUUAAGCAUUAUCUUGGAAUAUGUUGAAUGUAUGAUCAUGUGUGACUCUGUAGAGCUGGAAAAUGUAUGAAUUCUUCAACUCUUAAAACAGGUGUGCUGAUAAAUUUUAUUAUGAAAUAUGACUAAGAAAUGUUUGUAUUUUUCAUUUUUUCCAGGGUAAUUGAUAUAGGGAAGAUAAAUAUUUCUUAGUACUAAAACCAUAGUUCCUCAUUCCUACGUAUUUUACCCAAGUAAAAUAUAAGUUUUGCAGUUGAAUUUUCAUAGCAGCUUUAUUCUCAAUAGCCAAAAUUUAGAACUAACACAACUGCCCAUCAGCAGGUGAAUGGAUAAACAAGUUAUAAUAUAUCCAUAUGUUAAAAUACUACUCAACAAUGAAAAGGAACAUCUAUUGAUAAAGGCAAGAACAUGGGUGAAUAUCAGAAAGUCAUUAUGCCAAGUGAAAGAAGCCAGACACAGAAGAGCACUCACUGUAUGACUACAUUACAUGAAAACCUAAGAAAGUCAAACUCUAACAAGAGAAAGAUCAGUGAUUGCUAGGGGCUGGGGUUGGGGAAUUGAUUGUGAAAGGGAACAAAAGAAUGUUUUGAGGUGAUGGAAAUGUUCUGUGUAUUGAUUGUGGCCGUGGUUACCAGACUGUAUACAUUUAUCAGAGCUCAUUGAGCUCGACACUUAAAAUCAUGAAAUUUUAUUGUAUAUAUGAUUUAUACUUCAACAAAGUUGAUUAAAUGAAAGAAAAAACAUAUUAUUAGGCAUAUAGGAACAAAUGUUCAAUAAACUUCACUUUGCCUUUUACAAUAAUAAGUCCCCAUCAUUUAGAUCUGCCAGCCUAUUUAGUUGUGUUUAGGGCUCUUGGGGUCUGGGCAUUGGACUAAGAGAAAUUUCAAAAAUUUUCUGUGCAUAUCAGUUUUUCGUACUCUUCAGUAAUCAUGUAUUUUUCUUACAGAUGAGACUAUGUCUGGGGAAAAACGUAACAGUAUUGCAUAAAUAUUGGAAAGUCAUUCUGCUGUUAUUCAAAAUGAA